AUGUGUCAUGAUCAUCGUAGUGACGAUGCGAUUCCUCAACCAAGCCUAUUCACCAAACCAGCAGAUGACUCCGAUGAGGUUCUCUUCCCUAUCAUGCCCGAGCUGUACUCCCUACCCGGUGACAGAGUUGAUGCUGAGUUGAAAAAUCCAAAUUCCCAAGUUCGUGUACCCAUUGGAUCCGCUCCGCAUCUGUGGGGUCAAUCUCUGUAUAUUCUUUCGCGCAUAAUUAUGGAUGGACUUCUUCUGCCUGGAGAGAUAGAUCCCCUGGGAAGGCGUAUGGGUGCGGAACCGAAGCCUGACCUCGUUGUUCAAGUGGUCGUACUGGCUGAAGACGAGAGCGUCAAGGAUCGCCUUGCUGAAUAUCAAGUCGACGCACAAACCUUCACAGAGGCCUCACAUGACUCGGGAAUCCGUAUCUAUCCAGCCAAGGUCCUCAGUCAAAUCUACAAGGACUUAGGUGCGGUAUACCGCUUUUUUCAAUGCUUAUGUACCUUCCAAUUUUCAUUAUAA